GCUAUCACUCGAUCUAACUUGCCUCCCUUUAAGAUGACCGCGACCUCGGAAAAUCCGGAAUUUUUCCCAGAUUAUUAUGAGAAAGUCAAGAAAUUAAUCAACCCCAAUGAUAUCAACGCGUUGGGAAACUUUAAAACCGAUUUAGAACGAAUCCAACAUGUUUCAAAAAUUAGUGUUGUUAGUGAAAAUAAAGUGAAAAUCAAUCGCGAAUUUCCCGGAAAAUCAGAGGAAAAUGCACUAAAAUUGAAACAAAUCGGAAAUGAAGCGUUUCGGAAUAAAAAAUGGACAGAGGCUCUGAUGUUGUACAGUAAGAGCUAUGUGUCCAUGCCUGGGGAAAAAGAAGCGGAUGUCUCUAUAUUGCUUGCCAAUAGAUCGGCAGCUCUAUUCCAUAUGAACAAGUUCACAGAAUGCCUGGCUGAUAUUAAAAGAGCGAUCGACAAAGGAUACCCAAAGGACAUGAUGUACAAACUCCACGAGAGACGUGCACAAUGCCAUCUCGCCAAUAAAAAUUUUAUCGAAGCCAUGGAGUCAUUUAAGAACACCAUCACCGCCCUGGAUGACUGCAAGCUACCUCUGGAGAAACGCAGCCAAAUCGAAAGGAACGCCAUAAUAAUGAUCAAAACCCUCGAAAGGGACCAAGUUCCUAAAGCACAAAAGGCUAAGUCCACCCCACAUGUCAACCACAAACCCAAGGAAUUUGUAAGUGAUGCCUUGGGAAUAGACCAGAACCCAGAUGAGGGUCGGUUUGCCAAAGCGAGUCGGAACAUACAAGUUGGGGAGAAGGUUCUUAUUGAAAAGCCUUACGCCUUUGCCCUGCUUGAGAAAUAUAGCAAAACUCAUUGUCAAAAUUGUUUAAGAAGGACAGUCAUACCAGUUGCAUGCCCCAACUGUGCAGACGUUAUAUUCUGUUCGGAUUCUUGUUUCAAGGAAGCGACUACAACUUUUCACAAAUUUGAAUGUGGGAUCCUUCCAUCGAUAUGGCGUUCAGGAGUCUCUAUCAACUGUCACAUGGCCCUUCGAAUGAUAGCCGUCAAGAACUUUGAGUACUUCAGAGAUAAUUUCGGACAAUUUUCAGAGACCCUCCCAAUAGAGGAGAUAAAAAAAUUAUCAUCUAGCGAUUACCGACGAGUUUACAGUUUAGUGAAACAUAGUGACAAGCGUUCGGAAUCCAGCUUCUUCCAGUACUCCCUCAUGGCACUGUUCCUAAACGAUUGCUUAAAAGAAGGAGGAUAUUUCAAGGAGGAUUCAACAAAUGAACAGAACCAAAUUAUUGCCAGCUUGAUCAUGAGCAAUCUACAGAUCCUCCAGUACAACACUCACGAAAUAUUCGAACUGCACAGAUCUCAGGAAACUGGUGAAGCCAAGAAAACUGUGUUCGUUGGAGCUGGAAUCUACCCGACCCUGGCAUUGUUCAACCAUUCAUGUGAUCCUGGAAUUGUGAAAUACUACAAUGGAACAACAGUCUUUGUUCAUGCGGUGAAACCUAUCCAAGCUGGUGAGAUUAUUGCUGAAAAUUAUGGUCCUUUGUACACACAAGAAACGCUAAGAGAAAGACGCGAGAAAAUGGAGGAUUUAUACCAAUUCGAAUGUAACUGCACCGCGUGCUCGGAAAAUUGGCCGAAAUUCGAUGAGAUGCGGAAUGACGUGGUAAGGAUACGAUGCGAUGCAGAUACGAAGUGUCCAAAUGUGAUCGAAAUACCAUUGGAUUGUAACGAUUUCAUGGUGAGAUGCGCCAGGUGCGGUCAAUUUACGAAUAUCUUGAAGGCCUUGAAAGCUAUGCAGGACUCGGUUACGAUUGACAAAACAGCUAAAAGACUAUACGAUGCAGGAGAGGUCCAAAAGGCUCUGGAAAAGUAUAUUGAUAAGCUGAAAAUUAUGCACGAGGUGGUGGCCCCACCGUUCACAGAUUACAGCCAGUGUCAGCAGAAUAUCAAGGACUGCUUCCUUCAUUUCGGAAAUUCAUAUUUGUCAUCUGAGUAGGAAUGCCGGUGAAGACGGUGAGCUCAUCUUAAGGAAAUACUUUUGGUACCUUUGUUCGCAUUUAUGUGAAUGAAUAUAAUUUUCUUUGUGACA